GCUCAAGCCACGUCUCAGUUUUGCAAGCCUUGGCUUUGCGACGUGCGCAAGGUGCCGAUGGAGGAGGAGGCGAGGAAGUUCACGGAGAAGUUUGAGCAGCUGCAGUCUCGCAUCACCAAGUGUGUCCUGCCCGUGGAGAAGAAGAUGGCGCAGUGCACUUUGGACUGCUACAAGGAUAUGUCGGACGACAAAGUGGUGCAUCGCUGUGCCGAAAGCUGCCAGCAGGGCUACCAGCAGAUCUCUAAGAAGAUCCAGAACGAGCUGCAGUCCCUGCAAUCCUCUGUGCAAUCUUGCCAGCAGAGCGUCAUCCAGCGCCUCAGCCCCAAGAUGGAAGAGGCCCGGGGCAACACCUCCGCCAUGAACGCCGUGCAGACGGAGUUCGAAGAAGGCGCCCGGCGCUGCCUCAAGGAGGCGGAGCCGCAGCUGCCGCAGCUGGAGGCGCGCAUCAAGAAAAUCCUGAGCCAGGCGUAAGAAUCUGCGAGGUUCGGCUCGGCUUCGUCUGCGAGGUAGUCCAUUUGUUUAGACGAGGUUCUGUUGCAAAGCUA